CAACGGUCGGUCGUCUUCACACACAUGGCUCUUUUUAAAAUAACAUCAACACGGACAAUCAUUAAUCAAAUAAUUUUAAUUUUAGGCAGUAGACUGCCUAGCUAGACUAUGGACGCUGUAAAUGAUGAAGUGCAGGCGCUCCAGGGAAUCUUCUGUGGACAAGGAGAGUUUGAAAUGCUUGAACAUACAGAUUCUAUGUGCAGUUUCUGCAUGCAAGUGCGUUGCCAAGUGGCCCAAGCUUUGGACCAAUCAGAGGACUCCUUAGAGAUUUGCAUUCAGUUCAACCUUCCCAUUGGCUACCCACUUGUACUUCCAUCCAUCUCAUUAUCAUGCAGUGACUUAACCAAGAAUUCAACCAAUCAGCUGAGAGAAAAGCUUCAUCAGUAUGCAAAGACUCUAGAAGGCCAACCAAUGAUAUUGGACCUUGUUUACUGGGUGAAACAAAAUACAUGGAAGUUCAGAACACUGCCAUCAUCAACCCAGAAGAAAGAAAAGGAAGAUGCAGCCAGGCAGAAAGAAAAAGAUCUACAACCGUAUGUGGCAAUUCUACACAUUGAUCAUAUGCGUUCUCGGCUCCGUUAUAUAAAGACACUCGUCAGCUGGGCAACUGAACUCUCGAUUGCUGGGCGUCUUCUUUUUCUUCAUCAUUUAAUUUUGGUUUUAUUACUUGGAACAGAAAACUCAGUCAAGGAAUUUCUUGUCCGACUUCGAACUCAGAAAGUUGAUGUUGAUUCUAAUGGGAGGAGCUGUAAGGAAAGAAUGAUGGCAGUAUUGAUGCAGAGAUCGCAUCCAAGACUCUCUGAAUACUCUGAUGAAAAAAGGGUGAGUGAUUUCCAAGUCGCUGAAUGUUCAUCUCCUUUGGACAUUAAAAGUAUCUUCAAGAAAGCAGAUUUGAUAGACGUCUAUGUGGAAGCAGUUGUGCCAAAGUUUAAUUUGUUGAAAGCUACUUAGCAAAGCCUAAACUAAUGUGCACCCCCCCCCCCACUUCCCUGUCCCCCAAAAAGUAUAUUUCUUGUACUUCAUCAUGGGUUGAAAAUGGUCUUUUGUAUGGUGGCAGAGUGUAGAAUAUGGAAUUCUCAUGCCCCUGAUAUUUAUGUUUGAUAUGAAUUACGUUAUGUACUAUUUGUCUUCAAAUUUAUAUUUUGUUAACCUAAUCCAUCUCAAAUAUUCUGUUGGAUACAAUAAACUAAAUUGAAUUGAA